UGAAGGUCGCCAGGAACGUGGCUGGAAUCUGCUCGGGGGCCCUGUCCUCCCCCAGCCCAGGCAGAGGCUGCCAAGUUUGGGCCUAUCCUCUCCUCCUGUCCUUAUUUGGUGCGCUCCAGGUGAUAAGGCUGAGACAUAAAGGGGGCUGUGGGCCCCUCGCAGCAACUAGGCUGCUGCAGAGAGAGACGAUGGCCAGCAGGAAGGCGGGGACACGGGGCAAGACUGCGGCCACCAAGCAGGCCCAGCGAGGCUCUUCCAACGUCUUUUCCAUGUUUGAGCAAGCCCAGAUCCAGGAGUUCAAGGAAGCCUUCAGCUGCAUCGACCAGAAUCGUGACGGCAUCAUCUGCAAGUCGGACCUCCGAGAGACCUACUCCCAGCUGGGGAAGGUGAAUGUUCCAGAAGAGGAGCUAGAUGCCAUGCUGCAGGAAGGGAAGGGGCCCAUCAACUUCACUGUCUUCCUCACACUAUUUGGAGAGAAGCUCAACGGGACAGACCCCGAGGAAGCCAUCCUGAGCGCCUUCCGCCUGUUUGAUCCCAGCGGCAAGGGCGUGGUGAACAGGGACGAGUUCAAGCAGCUUCUCCUGACCCAGGCAGACAAGUUCUCUCUGGCCGAGGUGAAGACUCUGGCUCCUUCAACACCCCUCCAGGCCCCUUCGCAGGGCCCCCACCCCGCAGGGCCCUGGGGAGGUCUCGGUGACCCACUGCCCUCGUGGGCUUAGAGCCCAGCUUUCCGGAGGAGGUGCCGUCUCUCUUGGGAUCUGGAGGGUGAAGGACAUGGAAUCAGAAAGGGAGG